GUUUUUUAUGACACACUGGGGGAAUGCUCAGCAGCUAGACCCAACACACACCAAUGAUUGUCCAAACUAACAGCGCAGGUGAGUCAGCCUCCUUAGCUGAUUGAUUUUAAUUUGGUAAAUGUAGAGAGGUGUAACUAGGGCGACACUGAGAGCAGCCUUAUGUUCGUGCGAGCACUUGCCGACACUUUGACCUAUCCAUCAUCAAAUUCAAGAACAAACAACUCACAAUACAGCUCGCAGAUCUCGUGAAACAUGAAGGUACAGUUUCUGAUACCUGUGGCAUUACUCGUGUCUGUCGCUUUGGUUGGGGUCAUAAAAAUACGGCAAAAUGAGCAGGACAAGGAGGAAAAACGGAGCAAGUUUCUAGAAAUCAAGCUGCGGGUGACCUACGAUGUGCUCGGAGAGUAUCAGAGCGAUACAGCAGAGACGGAGACCAAGCUGGAGAAGACCCAAACUGAGAUGAAAGCGCUGAUAGAGGAGGCGAACAUGGCCCAGGCCAAAGCUGAUAAGGCGAAGGGUGAAGUGGACGUCUGCCAGGGAGGCCAGAAAUUGGUAAAAGAUGGGCUGGGAUCAUUAGAGACAGAAAUCAAUAAUCUCAAAGCUGAACAUGAUAAGGAGAAGACCAGCUGGGCAACACAACUGGAAACACAGAAACAGCAACUAGCAGCACGGAGCGCAGUGUGUGACUUUUUGAAAGCAGAAUCACAUAUAGCAGGCAAUCUGUGUGGAGUGAUUGAGGCCCCUAAACCAGAAGCACCUAAAGCAGAGGCCCCUAAACCAGAAGCACCUAAAGCAGAGGCCCCUAAACCAGAAGCAGAGGCCCCUAAACCAGAAGCACCUAAAGCAGAGGCUCCCAAGAAGAGAUGAGGUUUUCCAACCUGUGUUUUUCACUCGACAACACUUCAUCUGUUUAAAAAGAGACACAGUUUUGGAUACUAUGCGACCAGAUUUCAACACAUACGGGUAGGAGUUGUAGUAGGAUUACUUAGGUCUCUAAUGGGAUGUUAAUGAGUAUUCCAUCUGUUAUUUGUUUUUUAUACAAGAAAAUUAAAAAUGAAGUUACAUUUUGAUGUGGGCAUAUGUUUUUGUGUGUAAGUUGGUGCAAAAUGCUUUUUGUAAUAAACUGAUUGUCAUAAUGCAAAUGUUUUGUGCUGGCCAGGUUUAAAAGGUUGACUGACAUUUGAACUUUUAAGAAACCCUAUUAUGUCAUUAUGCUCCACACAUAGCACACUGUACACAAUUGUGUACGGUCAUUCCUCCCUUAAUAGAUUUGUUUUAUAUAUAUAUAUA